AUGGGAAAGUCUGAAUCAUGGAUAACACCGUUCAAAAAACAGUGUUUCGUGACUCUAGGAGUAUGUCUAAAUAUGGCAGCCCAUGGUUUGGUCAUGGGGUUCGCAGCCAUUCUUCUGCCCCAGCUUCGGUUGCCAGGGUCCAUAAUACCAAUAGAUGACUCCUCAGGAUCUUGGAUAGCUGCAAUCCUGGGAUUCGCUUUGGUAGUUGGUAACUUCAUAGUGCCAACAAUAAUGGCUAAGUUUGGAAGGCGUACUGCAAACUUGGCAAGCUUAGUGCCCAUGAUAGUAGGCUGGUUCCUUAUCAUAAUAGCAAAUAACAUCACUAUUCUCCUCGUCGCAAGAUUCCUUCAAGGCCUCGCGAUGGGUAUGAGCGCUUCGCUAGGGCCUGUGCUCAUAGGAGAGUAUACGAGUCCAAAGAACCGCGGAGCAUUCCUAACAGUUAUAUCUUUGACUAUAGCCACUGGCGUUCUUUUUGUUCACUCCCUUGGCUCGUACUUUUCGUGGCAAAAGACGGCCUUGGUCAUAGCAAUUUUAGUGUUUAUUGAUUUAUUGAUAGUCAUAUAUUCUCCUGAAUCACCGAGUUGGUUAGCCGAUCAAGGGAGGUACGAUGAAUGCAGAAAAGUUUUUAAGUGGCUUCGAGGUGAUGAAGAGGAUGAUGAGUUAGAAAAAAUGAUUGAUUCAAGCAAAAUUAUAAGAGAAGCCAAAGAACUUACGAAUGUUUCGCAAUCCUUUUCGAAGACUGUAAGAAGUAAUUUGGCAUACAUAAACGUGACAAUUAGGAAGAAAGAAUUUUACAAACCAAUAUUCAUAAUGAUUCACAUAUAUACUCUAGGUCAAUGGGCCGGAGCUAAUAUUCUAGCGGCGUAUACGAUGGAUAUCUUUUCUCAUGUCAUAGGUGAUGGUGCUAAUAUUUCUCUGAUGGUAAUCACGUUGGACAUACAAAGAAUUAUUUCUAACUCCAUAGCUGUUUAUGUAAUUAAGAAAGUCAAACGGCGAACUAUGCUGUUGGCUACAGUUAGUAUAAAUCUGUUCGCUUUCUUGGCGACAGCCGCCUACACAUACUUCAAGAGCCAGAAUAUGUUGCCUUUUGACCAUCCGGCUAUUGGAAUAGCUCUGAUACAUAUCCACAUGUUAUCGAUUGCAACAGGAACUGUGCCAUUACCGUUUAUCAUUGCUGGAGAACUCUUCCCAUUAGAAUACAGAAGUCUUGCUGGAGGGUUGAGCGUCUUAUUUCUCUCUUCAAACUUGUUCAUAACAGUCAAAACGGUACCAGUUUUAUUCAAAACCGUUGGUAUCCACGGCGCUUACGUUUUAUACGCAGGUGUUGUUGGCUACUGCCUCAUCGUGGCAAUGCUAUUACUUCCUGAAACUAAAGAUAGGACUUUGCAAGAAAUUGAGGAAGAUUUUAGAGGAAAACCUUUAUCCCCAGAGGAAUUGAAGUCAACGCAAUCUUUAACAUCAAUGAGGUAUCUUAAUACAGAUAGACGCUGUAGUAGUCCUAUUUUUUAA